AUGACAUGUUUCCUAAUAAUUAGAUCAGGCAAAUCCAUCGGUCGCGAUGAACUGGUUGCUUAUACCAAUGGCCACUUCCUUGUCGACGAACAACGUCAACUUGAUCGACGUUACAUGAACUUCGAUCUCGAUGCCCUUUGCGAUGUCGCCGCUGCCGUCGGGGACGGUUCCUCUCCAAUAAUAACCAUCGAGAAGAUGGAGGGUGGCUUCAGCAAGGCUCUGUUGAUGACGAAAAAGAACGGGGUAGAGGUCAUUGCGAAGAUUCCCUGUCACAUCGCGGGACCGGCAAGCCUAACCACAGCAUCCGAGGUAGGCGUCUUAGAAUACGUUCCUCGUGUUCUUUCGUGGUCGUCAGACAGUGCGAAUCCUGUCGGUGCCGAAUACAUCAUAAUGGAGAAAGCCGCGGGGGUCCCACUGUUUCAGAAAUGGGCAGACAUGCUGGAGAUCGAAAGGCUAGAGCUUAUCAAGAAUUUGACCAAGUUUGAGGCCCAAUUAUCGGCUAUUCGAUUUCCGGCGUAUGGUGGGUUAUACCUACGAGCACAUGCACGGGACCCAAAAUACCAAUAUCAGAUACUGGAUGGCAGUAUCGAUACAUCUAAUGCGUUCUGCAUCGGUCCCUCUUGUGACAGUUCAUUCCAUAUUGAGCCAGCUGCGGACUCUGCCCAAUCGGACAUAAGCAGUAACCAAGGCCCUUGGGCCACCAUAUCACAGCUUGGUAUUUCUAUAGCUAACCGUGAGGUAUCUCGGAUAUCUAUCAACCGUUUGAAUGGUCCGCCCAUGUUUUAUCGGGGGAGUGUCGAAGAACAAACUCAACUUCUACAAUCCACCAUAAGCCUCAUGCCCAUGCUGGACUCCCACCCAUCACUACUCCAAUCCAGUCAGCCCACGCUGAGGCACACUGAUCUUCACAUGGGGAAUAUCUAUGUGGCGCCUGAUGACAGUACCCGGAUAGUAUCUAUAAUUGAUUUUCAGUCUGUAUCAGUAAUGCCCGCGUUUCUUCAGGCACGGUGGCCUGAAUUCCUGAAGCCCCCACAGAACUAUACUGAAGGGCUUAUCCACCCAAAGCUCCCGAACGGCUUUGAUGCCAUGGACGAAGAGAACAAGAUGCUUGCUCGACGAGAGUGGUCUCAGGCCAAGGUGGCGAAAGCAUAUGAAGUCUCCACUUACCUGGAAGAUCGGCCUGCACACAAUGCAAGGAACGUACCGCGGGUCUUCCGAGAACUCUUUACCCGUUGUGGAGAGGUAUCCGAGGUUGGGGUUAUUCCACUCCGAGCUUGUCUCAUCGAAAUCUUCCACAACUGGUCGGGUCUAGGUUUUACGGGGUCCUGUCCGUUUUCUUUCACGGCAGAGGAUAUCUCAGCGCACGAAGCCCAGUUCCACGAUUACCAAGCUUGGCAUGAGGUUCAGCGCCUUGCCCAAGAAUGCUUGGACACUGAUGCGGAGGGAUGGGUGGCGCCUCAGGUGAAUUUUGCAGAGAAGCGAAGACAAAACAGCGAGUUGCUGGCCAUGUUUAUCGAUCGGAUGGCGGAUGAAAAAUCCCCGGAAGAAGCGAGGAAGAUGUGGCCAUUUCCAGAUGAAGCAUGA